UAAUUAUAUUUGCCCUUUUUUUUCACUCUCUUUUUCCAUUUAGUCUUAUUCUCAUCUUUAUAUUGUAUUAUUUAGAGAGAGAAAUUGAAAAAAAAAAUAAAAAAAAUAGGCAAAAAAUGGUAAGAGCUCCAUGUUGUGAGAAAAUGGGGUUAAAGAAAGGGCCAUGGACUCAAGAAGAAGAUCAAAUUUUGAUAUCAUUUAUUCAAAAAUAUGGACAUGAAAAUUGGAGAGCACUUCCUAAACAAGCUGGUUUAUUAAGGUGUGGAAAAAGUUGCAGAUUAAGGUGGAUAAAUUACUUAAGGCCAGACAUUAAAAGAGGAAAUUUUAGUGAAGAAGAAGAACAAAUAAUCAUUAAGUUACAUCAACUUCUUGGAAAUAGAUGGUCUGCAAUUGCUUCGAGGUUGCCAGGAAGAACUGAUAACGAAAUCAAGAAUUUCUGGCACACUCACUUGAAGAAAAGAUUAGAACAACACAAUAUUGAUCUAGCAUCUACUACAACUACCAAACAAAACCAUGAAAUGACAACAAAUGUUACACAAAAUAUUGACCACCAUAUAAUAUCUCCAAAUUAUUAUCAAGAUUCUCAAAAUAUGGUUACUUAUCAUCCAACUUAUUGUCAUGAUCAUCAAGAAGAUUUUCAAGAAAAUAAUUCAAGUUCUCAUGAUCAUACUCAAUCAAACAAAGAGGAGAUCAUGCAAUAUUCAACAAAUUAUGGACAUGAAGACAUGACUAGUUUCAAUAAUGAUAUGGUUUUUUGGUAUAAUGUCUUCAUGAGUUCAGGAAAUAACCCGUCCGAGAUCAGUUAGAGGCGAAUUCAGAAUCAAGAGUCGACAGGUUCACAAAAUAAGUGUGUGGUUCUAUUAUGUAUACGUUUAAAUUUUCAUGUGAUAUAUGUAUACGUGGUAUUUUAAUAAAAUGUCUUCAUGAGUUCAGAAAA